UUAAUUAAAAUGGACGCAGUGCCGCAGCAAACAAACAACAACAGCAGCCUCUUCGACGGAGAAAAAUGCCAGAAACUAAAGAGAUUCGUGAUUGUUGGCCUGCUGAUCACGAUUGGCAUCUUGAGUUGGCACUUUUACGAGUACUUCCACAGCAAACCGCUUCCCAAGGCGCCCGACGAUGUUCUGACCCUGUCCAAGAGUCUCUACGCGGAGGAGGUGGAGGUCAGUCCAUACCUCUACAAGGUGAACCUUCAAGGAAAGACCACAUCUGGUGCCCACGAUGAUCGUGCAUCCAAGAACCUCUUUGAACUUCAUCAGGAUUUGUUGGUUAGGGAUGCUAACUCCACCACCGCCCUGCUGAUGCGCCUCUUCGAUAACUAUGAGUUGGAUGUGGCCGUGGCUGAAAAAUCCACUCCUGAACAGGUGCAGGAGCAGCACGAUUUUCUGAGAGCUGUGAUGAACACCCGGGUGAUGAAGCUAACUAUGAGAUUUUUGGUGAACAAGGCUCACUAUCAGUAAACGAACCCGUAGAACUUACACCUCAUAGGCCACAGGCAACAACAAAAAUAUUUUCAAUAGUAAAUAAAUAAAUUUCUUUAAAAGAUGUCACACCACAAAAUACAGCAAGUAUUCUUUUGUUAAUUGAAGAGUGUAAUAAACUCAAUUGAAAAUAUUUGCAUAGAUAUGCCAGAAUACAAUAUUUCAAUUCACACUCACUGGCUAAAUUAUUGACUGCCGAGCAACUGCACAGAACGCUGAUUAAAUUCAAACUGAACACAAUUUCUUACCAGACUGGGCCUUAUAAAGAUUCUCGAACAUCGGAAACCAGUUCGGGAACAACAAUAGCUGCUGUUGUUAGCUAUUGUUGUUCCCGAACUGGUUAUCUUCGGUUCCAUCUAUCAUGAAGCCGAAGUAUUAGCAAUCAUUAGUAAAUAAACUUGGGAGAAAGUUAAGCUGUAGUCUGUAUUCUAUUUCUAUUUCCCAAUAUUUAACACGAAUUGCGUGAGAAAUAUUGAAGGUUGUCUAAGACAUUUUGUCUUUUAAAAAGAAGUUCUAAUCAAUAAAAAAAAGAAACUUAAUGACUUCAGGCUUAGUAGAGCUUUAGAUUACGAUGACGAAUCAUCAAAAUGUUGUUUCUAUAAAUUGUAUUAAUAUAAUUAAGGAAUUUAGUAUGUUUUAUAUUAAAACAUUUUCCAUGCUUUAUAAGUAUUGUGAAGAUAUGAAAUAAGAAGUUGAUUAUAAAUUUUAACAAUUCAUUUGAUUAUAUUUUUAGAACUCGUGUUAUUAAUUACUUCUAACUGCGUGCUAAAAAAAUUUGGUUUCCCUUUCGUUUCUUAUAAUUAAAAUUUUGCAUGUUACUUUUCAAAUUUCCAGUGACGAAUGUAGCUUCACACUCAACUUUUAAUGAUAUUAAUAAACAAUAUUUUGUAUUAAAUUGUAUACAUUCAAUGAUUUCUCAAGACGUCACUGCUUCCUGUUGGCGGUUUGUGGCCUGGACAACUAAUGUUUAGACCCGAUUUGGGUGUCAUUAAAUUGCAGUCGAGGUGGUCAUACAAAUGACGCGAUAUUUAACCAUACAAAAAAAUUGGUAAUUGCGUGAUUAAAUUAUUUGUUUAAAUAACCCCAAAGAGUACUCACUGAUUCUAGACACGUAGAGAAUUAUGAAUGUGUGUGAAUGGAUUGUUUAGGAAUUUUUAUACCUGCCUGGCCAUAUGUUGGCAUUUGGUAGAACUUUGUUUGAAUAAGCAAAGUAUUUAUUACCUCAACGAUUUAUAGUAACAAUUGGAAAUAAUAUUUCGUAGAAUAUGUUUCCUAUCUGCAGCUUAACUUCACAUUAAGGUUUUUAAACAAUACUUCAGCUUUCAAGCUAAAGAAUGUUGGACUUUCAUUUUUGUUUGAACAAUAAUAUAUUUACAUAUGUAACUGGCCACUUAUCGCCAUAUGCUGACCUAAAAUGAAAUAUCCAAAAAGUGGGGGCAACCUGAAUCCGCACCUGGGCAACAACGAGUCUCUGGCGAAGCAGACGACAAAAACAAACACAAACAGAUGAUCCCCCAGAGAGCAAAAAGGCCCCAACAGACAAAAAGAGCGGGAGAACGAGUUAUCCAUUUUGGGGGAAUUUUGUGCAUAAUGUGAGCAGUGGGAUCAGCGCUGGAGCAGAGCUAUCUCAGAGCAGUCUCGACCGUUGUUGUGAGCAGAUAAAACUCGAUCUCGCAGAAGGCAACUAUUGCCAAAAGAAGCUAAAAACAAAAACGAAGCGAGGGAGCAAACAAACAGCUCAAAAUCAAAUGUUUAACUAAUCAUUAAUUGUUUGUUAAUUUAAUUAAAAUGGACGCAGUGCCGCAGCAAACAAACAACAACAGCAGCCUC